AUGAUUGAGGAACAGAAGGCUAGAGUCGAGCAGGAGAUCACAAAACUCGUAGAUGAUGUGGACAGGUCGUAUUUACGGAAAAUGCAGGCGGAAAUGCAUUUGUGCGCCGCGAAAUGCUGUGAAAAUACCACAGGAAGCAUUGAUGUAGUUCAGGGAUGUGUUCAGAAGUGUUCAGUGCCCGUGACAAAGGCGGAGAGGUACAUUCACAAAGAACUUAAUGAGUUCCAGGGAAGACUGCAACGUUGCGUAAUGCAAUGCAAUGAUGACAUCAAGACUAAGAUGCCUGUGGAGCCCACAGAGGACGAGAUUGGUAAAUAUACUGCUCAAUUUGAGAGAUGUGCAAUUUCCUGUGUCAAUAAGAACAUAGAUUUGAUACCCAAUCUCCUGAAAACGAUGAAGUCAGUUUUGGCAAAGGGCCCCAGUCGCAUUCCCGAUGUCUAAAGUGUCACCAUUUCACAUUAAUAAAAGUUUUAUUUGCAAAUUGUAAA